AUGAUUUUGAAUAAGGCAUGGGUCAAAGUAAAAGAUCAUUCAUCUAUUGAUUAUGUAAAUGGUGUUGAUGAGUUUCUAAAUUUUGCUCUUUCCAAAGUAAGAGAAGAUGAUCGAGAUAGUACUACUAUUAGGUGCCCUUGUAAUAGUUUUCGCAAUAUAUUUCUUAAAACAAAAUGUGAUGUAAGAUUCGACUUGCUUAAGGGAGGAAUGUAUGAGAAGUACACUUUUUGGGAACUUCACGGGGAAGAAUUAGUUGAUUCAAGUUAUGGGGAUGAUGUUGAUGAGUCGAAUGACAUUGAUAGUGGUUUCACAAUGUUGCAAGAUGCAUGUGGAUUUGGUGCUAUGAAUGUUGGGAGUGCUGAAGAGGCUUUAAAUAAUGUUGAGGAGUAUGAGAAACCUAAUGUUUUGAAUAAUUGGUCUGAUAAGUCUUUUGAUAGUUUACUCCAAUUAGAAUGUCAAGGCUAUGGCGCUUACCUUCCAACUUCUUAUUACGAGGCUAAGAAAUUCAUUAAAGACUUGGGCCUUGAUUAUUAUAAGAUUGAUGCUUGUGAAAAUGAUUGUAUUCUUUAUUGGAAAGAGCAUGAAAAAUUGAUUGAGUGUCCCACUUGUGGUUUAUCAAGGUGGAAACAAGAAAAGGAAGGCUCUUCUAAAGGGGUAAAGGUUUCUAGAAAAGUGCUAAGAUAUUUUCCAUUGAAGCCUAGGCUACAAAGGUUGUACAUGUGUAGAAAUACAUCCAAAGACAUGCGUUGGCACAAAGAAAGGGAUGCUACUAAAGUGAAUGAUUGUGAUAGGAUUAUAGAUGAUGAUGCCCUUUCUAGGGAAGAGGAGGAUGAUACCUUUUUGGAGGAUGACAAUACGAGUGGGUUGGAUAAUACAAUGAGACAUCCAUCUGACUCCUUUGCAUGGAAAUCAUUUGAUGAAGAGUAUAGUGAAUUUGCUAAAGAUGUGCGAAAUGUUAGACUUGGACUAGCUUGUGAUGGCUUUCAGCCUUUCAAUAAUUCACAACAUAGCAUAUGGCCAGUGGUUCUUAUCCCUUAUAAUUUUCCUCCUUGGUUAUGCAUGAAACCUUAUUCAUUUAUGCUAUCUUUACUAGUACCAGGUCCAACAAGUCCUGGAAUUAAUAUGGACGUCUACCUCCAACCACUUAUUGAGGAGUUAAAGGAGCUUUGGGAGGUUGGUGUUGAAACCUAUGAUGCUUACUCUAAAAAAAAUUUCAUCUUGCGUGCAUCACUACUGUGGACUAUCAAUGACUUUCCUGCGUAUGCAGAUUUGUCUGGAUGGUCUACGAAAGGUUAUUACGCUUGUCCAUGUUGUCAUAAGGAAACUAAACGGACGUCGUUGAUGCAUAAGGGUGGUUAUUUAGGGCAUCGACGUUGGCUUCCAAUGAAUCAUAAGUGGAGAAAUGAUGCCAAUUCUUUUGACGGUAAAAUUGAAAAGGGUGUUGCACCAGUUUCAUUGAGUGGGGAUGAUGUAUUACAACAUUAUAGCCGAUUCUCACAAGCAAAAUAUGGGAAGAUUGUAGGGAACAAAAGAAAAGGGAUGCUUCUAAUAGCUUGUUUGGGUGGAAAAAGAAAAGCAUUUUCUUUACCUUGCCGUAUUGGAGGAAAUUAA